UCCUUGGCGAUAUAAUACCAAGACCCAUAGGGUGGAUCUGUUCACCCCAUUUUUAACAAAAUUAUGGCGUCUAAUUUGGUACAUGUCGGUCGUUCAGAGCGCGGGAAUAGCGGUGUUUCAGGUGCACUCGUUCUACUCGAGGAUGGGCGGGACGGAUGAGACGGGUAGUUGGCGGCCUGUUUUCAUGUCGUCCUUCUCUGUCCUCUGGUACUGCUACUCCCUUUCGCUUAGCGCCACAAUGUUCUGGUACGGAGAAGCCAUGCGGAACUAUGUUAACGCCAUGCUUGAAAUAAACGGAAAAUUGGUUGAUGCAUACUUGAUCACAGCCGAGGGACAUAAAGAAGGCGGACAGAUCCUCCUUAAUCUUUCAAUACCGACCAACAUCACGCAAACUUUCAUUUCCAUCAGUUUGUUUCUCACUUUUCCAAAUUCGCCAUGGUACCUGUAUAACUACGUUUAUUCGCCAGACCACGGCUGGUGGUGGCUGAUUCCGGGGGCACUGCACGUACGCUUAAAAGAAGACAGCGAUUCGUAAAUACAUUAUAGGUUGGAUAAUUAAUUGGCUACUUUUCUUACUGUUAGGAAUUUGUG